GGAGACUGAGAAGGAUCAAGGAUCAAGGAUGGAUGGAUAGAUAAAUAGGGUAGGUAAGGGUUGAUCGUCUAGUUGUAUUUGAAUGCUGUUCCCUCAUGAACCAACCCCAACAGCAACUGCAACUGCAACUGCAUCAGCAGCAGCAGCACCCCAACUUCCACCAACCUUCUCAAGCUCCUACUUCCCCUCCCCCUCCUCAGCUGCAACAGCAGCCCUUUCAACCUCUGGUCUCGGUUUCGCUCUCUUCCAUGGGGGAGCAAGCUCAACCCCAAACCGCUGUCCAGAUUCAAAUUAAUCCCCAACCCCAACUCCAAUCCCAACCCCAGCUCUCAAUUCCGCCGCAAACUCAACCCCAACCCCAACCUCAACCCCAACCCCAGCCCGAGCCCGAGCCAGAGCCAGAGCCAGAGCCAGAGCCGCAGCCCCAAACCGAAACUCAGGCGCUGCCAGAUAAUCCUCCGCAGCUUCAACAGAGCGUCACUGCUCUGCCGUUAGAAGGCACAACCAUCAUUGCUCUACCGGUAGAAGGCUCAACCAUCGUUGCUCUGCCGCAGAAAUCCUCUUCGGCGACUAAGAUCCCGUUUCGGCCUCGAAAGACCAGAAAGGUAUCCGGAGAUUUCUCUACCGAUAACUCUGAAAACAAAGCUCCCCAAGCCGUGGACGGAGAUAAUGCUAAUCCGACUCCGCUGACCAACUCCACCGUCGGCAACAAGAAGAACAACAGGGGCAAUAAAACCACAAGCAUCCCCACCGCGGUGUCCGCCACCGUCAGCACCACACCCGUCGUCAACAACGAUAACAGGAUCAUUGUACAGCCGAUUAGGGUUAUUCCGAGAAUCGUCGGCAAGACAUUAUCUUGCGAUGGAGAGAUUGCGGCCGCUAUUCGGCAUUUAAGGUCCGUGGACCCACUGCUAGCGCGUGUAAUCGACGUCCAUCAGCCGCCUUCUUUUGAUACAUUUCACCCACCGUUCCUAGCCCUCACCAAGAGUAUCCUCUACCAGCAGCUCGCCUUCAAGGCUGCGAAUUCCAUCUAUACGCGAUUCGUUGCCCUUUGUGGUGGCGAGCCUGGGGUAGUCCCCGAUGCCGUCCUCGCCCUUUCUCACCACCAACUCCGUCAAAUCGGCGUUUCUGCCCGUAAAGCCAGCUACCUGCAUGACCUCGCCAGCAAGUAUCGCAAAGGGAUCCUUUCUGAUUGCUCCAUCAUUGACAUGGACGAUAAGUCACUCUUCUCAAUGCUCACAAUGGUCAAGGGCAUCGGAUCCUGGUCUGUGCACAUGUUCAUGAUUUUCUCCCUUCAUCGACCCGAUGUUCUCCCCGUCGGUGAUCUUGGCGUUCGGAAGGGGGUUCAGCUCCUCUAUGGUCUUGAUCAAUUGCCUCGGCCUUCCCAGAUGGAGCAGCUCUGUGGGAAGUGGAAGCCUUAUCGCUCUGUUGGGGCCUGGUAUAUGUGGAGGUACGCUGAAGCCAAAGGGGCUCAAGCUUCGGCCGCAGCAGUUGCAGUUGGUGCUAGUCCGCUGCAGUCGCUCCAGCAGCAACAACAACAGCAGCAGUCACCGCAGCUACAGCUGCAGCCACAGCAGCAGCAGCAACAACAUCAGCUUCUAGAUCCUAUCAAUGGCAUUGCUAGCCUCGAGGCCUGUGCAUGGGGGCAAUGAUUGGGAAGGAUGGUGAGAGACGGUCAAUGUGUUUCCAUUGUUAUUUCUGCUGUGCUAGUGUCCAAUCAAUCAGUUUGAGGUGUACUCCAUAAUUUGAUGAAGAUACUGAUCCAAGGAAUCGGAAGAGAAAGCUUGCGCAUUCUAGCUUAAGAGGUUUUUAGAUAUGCAUGCUCUGGUUUUCAUCUAUACUAUGCUCUUAAUAAGAGUGUGUAUGCUCAUAACUUGUCUAAGUCGCAAGAUUCCAAUUUGAAAUCAUUAGCUGUUUCUGAAAGGACUACUCAGUUUCAUCUGAUGCUUGUUGACGUUGUCUACAACCUAUUUUAAUCAAUGAAAAGUUUCAUCACUUAUU